GAUUUUCUUUUGUUUUCAAUUUCAUUUCUAAUUGUUUUAUUGAUGAUCUUGAUUUUCUUUUGAGCUGUUUAAUCUCCGCUAAUGAGAUUUGGGUGUUUUUCUGUUUGUAUCAUGUUUUCUGGGUCUCGUUUGUUGGUGAGAAAAGACUACAAGAAUCACUUAUGCUAAUUUCUUUCGAAAUCUAUUGAUUGUCAUCUCUACCAUUUGAUCACAUUGACUGUCAAUCUUUUCAUCCAUGUAAAUUUGGAGGCUCUCACAUUCACUUAACACAUUGGAAUGGACAAGUGUUAACUUAAUUGUGGUAAUCGGAGGUAGAGAAACCGGAGAGUCCAUUGAAUCCAUUUCGAAAAGUAAAGUGAUGGCUUAUCUUCAUCUUCCAAACCAGUUUCUAAAUUACCUGGGACCUGUUAUAAGCUUGUUGGGCUCCAGAGAGAGAGAUAGAGAUAGAGAGCGAGAGAGAAGGAGAAAAGAGAAGAGAAAAAGUGGAAAUUCGAUAUUGUAUCUGUUUUCCUUUUGGAGAAUUUUGUGAUUUUGUGAUUUUCUAUUCUUUUUAUAAUAUUCAGUUAAUUUCCACCAAAAUUGUGAUUACAAUUUUCUUCCUGUUCACUUGAUUAUUCAUGGUGAUCAGUUGAAACUAGUGAAUUAAUCUCCAUCUUUUCAUCACAAUUCUGGAUUAUUCCUGAUUUUCUCUUAGUUAUAUUUAUAACUCCAGUGAUUUGAUGGUCAUUUCUGACGUUUACAUUAUCUUAAUCAAAGCAGAUACAUUUGAAUAUUUAAAGAGAUAAACAUAAACUUUUUCGUCUUCUUAAAGUGAUCUGUUAAUUUUUGGACUAUGGCUGAUUUAGAGACUGUCAUGAAAGAGGUUGAUGAAAACUCUGAAAGUAAAGUCAGUGAAAUCAGUCCGAUAAAAAGGAAACCUAAAAUAAAACCUAAACCACAGCCAAAAAUUAAAGGAAAAGGUAUUCAAAUUGUUCAGUUUUCAGAAAAUUCUGAAGCCUGUCAAUUUGAUCGUUCAGCUUUAUCCUCAGUUCUUCAUGAUCCUGCAAUUCGUGAUCUACCAAUUGCAGUAAUAUCAAUUGUUGGACCAACAAGUUCGGGUAAAACUUCAUUUGAAAACUAUUGUUUCCGUUACAUGGAGAGAGAUGGUUCAUCAGGAUGGAUUGGUGAUGCUGAUGAACCUUUGAUGGGUCUCGAAUGGAAGCCAACCCAUGGAACUGUAACUCGUGGUAUAUGGAUUUGGGAUCAACCUUACAUCAUAACAACCAAUUCUGGUCAAAAAGUUGCCGUAAUCUUUAUGGAUACCGAAGGUCUUUAUGGUAAAGAUGAAGUUCGUGGCCGUUGGAGCCAUGUUUUCGGUAUUAGUACUGCUGCCAGUUCGAUUCAAAUAUUUAAUUUAAAAGAAGAAUUAACUCCGAGAGAUAUUGAAGAGCUUCAAGUUUUCGUUCGUUUAGCUGAGAUCGGAAUUAAGCCUCGAGGUAAAAAGGGCAAUAAAAAAGAUCCCCUUUUAAAACCUUUCCAACGAUUAUGGUUCCUAAUUCGUAGUUGGCGUUACCCUGAAGACUAUUCUUAUGGUGAAAAAGGUGGAUCCAAAUAUUUGGAAGACAUUUUCAUUACUAAAGAAAGUGACAAAGAUCAUCUUAAGAAAAUGAAAGAAUCCAUAGUCGAUGCUUAUAAAGAAAUUUACUGUUACCUUAUGCCGCAUCCGAAUGAUGUUAUUUAUCGUAAACAUUAUAAAGGUGAAUUAGGAGCUUUAUCAGAUGAUUUCCGUGAGCAUCUUGAAAGGUACAUUACUCAUCUACUUAGUCCUCAAACUAUUUGUCCCAAGGAAUUGGUUGGAAUCCAUUUAACAUGUGAACGUUAUGUUGACUUUUUUGGCUCAUUAAUUGAUAUUUUUAAUGAUGGAUCAUUUCCCCGAAUUGAUUCAUUAAUGAUGGCAAUCUCAUUAGCAACUAAAAAUCAAUUAAUUGAUCAUUUCACCAAAACCUAUGAAGAAAUGGAAUGUGAACUUGAACUUGUUCUUGAUCCUGGUAAACCAAGAGGACGAAACACAAUAUUAGCUGUUUUCCGAAGUGUUCAGAAAGAUGUUCUCGAAAUGUUCGAAAAUCAUCCCAAAUUUUUCACUCGCGAAGAGUGUGAUGAGGUUAAGGGAAAAAUUACCGAUGGAAUGAAAAUUGUCCAUGAGAAAAUAUCCAAACAAUAUAGUAAUAAAUUCAAUGAUUAUUAUGCUGAAUUAUACCAACAAACAUUGGAGAAAAUGUACCAAAUGACCCGAUCAAAGGAGCAAAUGAUUUUCGUUGAUCCAUCAGAAUUAAUUAGAAUACAUUCCCAAUUAAAGAUAAAGAUAAUCAAUGAAGUUCACCAAUUAAUGUUACUCGGAAUGGAUGUUAACAUGAAGCAAAUGAUUAAACGUCGGAUGGAUGCUCGAUUUAUCAAAUUUAGUCAAGAAAAUGAAUCUCUUGUUGAAGAAGUUCAAUCGAUGAAGGUUCGUUAUGCUGGAGUAAGUGCCGGUGGUGGUAUACUUGGUAUAACUUCCGGUUCUCUAGCUGCUCAUGGUAUGGGUUCAGCGGCUGCAUCUUCAGCGUUAAUCGGUGUUCUUGUAACCGGAUUAAUUUUAACCGGAAUUACUUGUGUAGCCGGAGCGGGUUACAUUGGCUUUAAAUGGUACAAGACUAAGGUCAGUCGGGACAGAGCCACUAAAUGUCUUAGAGCAAUGAUGUCACCAAGCUCGAAUCCACUUUUGGACGAUUCCAAUGUUUAAAAACUUAAUUAUCGACAAUUAUUGUCAAAUUAAUUUACAAACAAAAAAACAAGACAAUUUAAUUUCUCCUAUUCUCUUAAAUCAUCAACAAUUGCCAACAAAAAUCUUUUUUUUCUCCUACUUUUAAUUGCGACUCAUUUAAAAAUCUAAAUUUUUAUACAUUUGUAUUUCGACUUAAUUGUAUAACUUUUAUAAACAACCUUUUAAUCAAAAAAUACAAACAAUCAAAUGACCCACCAGCAAAUAAUACUAAUCACAAUUAAACUUUUCACUUUUCCAUUGUUGAUAUUACCAAUCUAAUCAACUCGAUUCGAGUAGAAGAUCAACUCUCUGGUAAUUAUCAAUUCCAAUUUCAAAUCAAA